UGGAACGUGAGGAUGUUUUUACAUAACAAACUAUACUCGUUCAACCUCUCCAGUGACCUGACCUCCGAGAAGCCGUGGAUGAACUCACCUUACUCUCACACUGACCUUCCCAGACUUAGGAAGGGCCAGGUGGCUGCUCAGUUCUGGUCGGUGUAUGUACCGUGCGAGGCGCAGUACCUCAACACAGUACAGAUGCUGCUGGAGCAGAUCGAUGUCGUCAAGCGAAUGAUCGCCGCCAGCCCAAGCGAGACCGUGCUUGUCAGAUCCUCGUCGGAAAUCAUGGAGGAGUUUGAACGGGGGCGUGUGGCCAGUUUGAUGGGCGUGGAGGGUGGGCAUGGGCUGGCCAGCAGCAUGGGCGUGGUGAGGGCGUUGUAUGACCUGGGCGUGCGCUAUGUCACCCUGACCCACAAGUGCCAUACACCCUGGGCGGAGUGUUCAGAGCAAGGACGACCUCCUCCUAACACAAGAGGUCUUACCCCUUAUGGCAAGGAAAUCAUCCGAGAGAUGAACCGCGUGGGUCUGAUGGUCGAUGUCUCUCACGCCUCCAGCAGGACCUCUAGAGACGUGCUGGCCACCUCCCGCGCCCCCGUCGUCUUCUCACACUCUGCCGCCCGUGCCCUGUGUGACAUAGAGAGGAACGUACCUGACGACAUCCUCAGCUCCUUGGCCGUGAACGGUGGCAUUGUUAUGGUCAGCUUCUACAACGAAUUUCUCACUUGCGGACAAGAGGCAUCCAUCAACGACGUUAUAGGACACAUCAAUCACGUCCGCACGAUGGCAGGGGUUGAUUACGUGGGCCUCGGAGCCGGCUACGAUGGAAUAAACAGAACUCCAACGGGUUUGGAGGAUGUCUCCAAGUAUCCUGAGCUUUUUGCUGAGCUACUGAAGGAUCCUUCUUGGUCUCUUCAGGAUCUGAAGAAGCUGGCAGGACUCAACCUCCUACGGGUUUUUAGGAGAGUGGAACAGGUACGGGAGGAGCUAGCGUCAGAGAGGCCCUCAGAAGAAAUAAUCCCCAUCCACGAUAUCGACACACGCUGGCCGUGCAGGUAUAAAUUUGCGAGCCUCGAUGACCCUCGUACCUGACCUUCCUCUUCAGCGCCUCCCUCGCCCAAGGAACACGUUCUCCUUCGCCCCCUUCUGUAGGAUACGCCUCCUGCUCUGUGGAUUUCCCCAAAUCAACACAAAGGCUCACCUUGUACACUUACAUGCUGGAGCUUGGAAUAUGGUACAAUUUACUGCCGUGGCUUGGCACCCAAGGCAAGGAGUGGUGGAUGCUUGAUCUUCCGUCCGCUAAUCGCGCGAGAUGUGAUCUUCAGACCAGGCAGGGAGGAAAGGGGUGGCCUUUGACCUUCCCUAAGGCAAGAUCGUCAAGAUGGUUGAAGGGUGACAUCACGAUGGAAGGACUAUCAGGUGACCCUGUUUGACAUCGCCAAGUAUAUAAGAUGCCUCGCUCUGACUCAGCCCUUGACGGGUGACCCCCAGAUGACCCUAUACUGACAUUUGCAGGAUGAAAACAACUUAAACUUCCAUUAUAACAACAUUUCGCUCGAUUGAAACGUCGUUAUAAUAUAGAGAUACGUUGUUUCACACAUCUCAUCCUUCACUAACCAACUCGCAGCCUCUCACACAUAAACUUACAAUAUACAAGCGACAUUACCAAUGAAACAUAUUUGUAUAAAUAAAAAAAUACAAAGGUGUUGAGAUGAUUUAGUAAAACAACAACCGUGACUUUGCUCUCACAUUAUUAUUAUUAUUAUUAUUAAAGUGUUGAGAGUAGGGUUAAACCCGUAAGGAUCAUUCGUCGCCUAGGGGUAAUGGGGGUAAUAAGGGUUGCUAUUCCAGGAUAUAAAGGGUAGAUACAGCUCACUACUACGGUAGAUAUAUUUUAAACUACGGUAAUCUAAGCGAAGCUGGACUACGAUUAACCUAACUUGAAUGAUCGUACCCUAACCUAACCUAGCUUGAAUGAUCAUAACCUAACCUAACCUAACUUGAAUGAUCGUACCCUAACCUAACCUAACUUAAAUGAUGGUAACCUAACCUAACCUAACUUGAAUGAUCGUAACUUAACCUAACGUAAUUUAAUUACGUCCUAACCUUACGUAACCUAAUAAUAACUAACCUAACGCUUUAACUUAACUUAAUUUAACAUAACCUAGUCUAACCUAACCUAACUUAACCAAACUUUAAUGAUCAUAAUCUAGCCUAACCUUACCUAACCUGACCUAACUUAAUUGCGUCCUAACCUUACGUAACCUAACAUUAUCUAACUGAAUAGAAUUUAUCUUACCUUAAUCUAACCUAACCUAACCUAAAAUCAAUGAUUAUAACCUAGCCUAACCUAAAAUCAAUGAUUAUAACCUAGCCUAACCUAAAAUCAAUGAUUAUAACCUAGCCUAACCUAAAAUCAAUGAUUAUAACCUAGCCUAACCUAAUCUAUUUAAGCUAACCUUACGUAACCUAACAUUAGCUAACCUAUGUAAACCUAACCUAACCUAACCUAACCUAACCUAACCUAACCUAACCUAACCUACCCUAACCUAACCUAACCUAACCUAACCUAACCUAACCUAACCUAACCUAACCUAACCUAACCUAAUCUAACCAGACCUAAACUGACCAAAUAAAGUCUACGAUAAUUCAGGCCAUUGAAAACGUGCUAUUAAUUUUUUUUCAAGCAAAUUUGAUUUCAUUUUCUGUGUGGCUUUUUUUCCAUGAAUAAUUUUAUCCCUGACAUGGGUGUCAAAGACUCGUGCACUGCGAGCAACAAGGGCAUUACAGCCAAAAAAAAUUACAAGUGCUCCAGGGCGACCUGACCCGGCACCGGUCAGGUCACACCAGGUCUUGAGUUCCAGGUCACACAAAUAUCUGCUGGAAGAACUGGAGUGAUAAUUAAUCUGAAUUAUUAUUAUUCAUUGAUACAGUUAUUUUAAGCCAGAGAUUAUCACUAAAAUAUUUAAUCUGUGUUCAUUACUGACGCUUUUCCCGACGAUUAUUAUAUAUAACUAGUACAAAAUUAAAAUAAUUCUUAGUGGUGGAAAUGUAAUUAUACACGGCAUUGAAAAAAAUAUAUGUCUAAGGACAUAAAUAAUUUAAAGAAAAGGGAUUUAUAUAAUGAAUCACAAUACUA